GACCUGCUGCCUAGAGUUGCUGAGGCUGAGGGGUGGGACUUUGUCCUUGUGUGCGAGCGAGGCCAACCAAUGGUGUGGCAGCACUGUCUCCAAACAGGCAGUGAGGCGUGCAGGAUUGAAGCGCACCAAGGAAGGAGGGAGAGGCAGCGAGCGAGAGGAGAGACAAGAGCCGCUCUGAUCAGCAUCACCCACCUCACUCCAAGCACACAGAUAAUCAUGAACAACUCUGAGGCAGAGUUGCCGUGGCGACCAGACACGCAGCUGAAGAACGUGGUACUGCAGGUUCAAGAGCUGUACCCGUUCCACGAUGGCUGGAACGUGGCCUGCUUCGUCAUUCUGAUGCUCUUCAUCCUCACCGUCCUCUCCCUUGCUGCGUUGGCAUUCCUCUACGAGCUGCUGGACUGCGGAUGCUUUGCCAAAGGCAAGACAGUGCGCGACCUACGCCAAGAGCCUGGCACCUUCUGCCGGGUGAUGGAGAGAAUGGGGGGUAGCAGCCACGCAGAGGUGGUGUAGUGGAAAAGUGGCUUUCUACAAAGAGAACUAUGCUGGAAGCACGCAACCCCCCAACACACAAACACAGGUCACACCCCAAACACACAGGUCACACCCCAAAAACACAUACACAGGCCACACCUUUUGUGUUCUAAGCACAUCUGACAAUCUCUGACAACAGGCAGACAACAGACACAAGCAGAGAGUCACCUCGGGUGUCAACCAUUUUUUUAAGUCCAUAUUUCUGUAUCAUUUUAAAAAGUAAGAUAUCCUUUCUGCAAUUAAAGAUGCUCUAAAAUUCCAUUUAUUCUGAUGGGGGUGUGUCUACUCUAGGGUUGCAAAGGGAAGGAGGUUGUUUUUACUAAUAUUAUGCCCAUUUAUUUCUGUUAAUUCCUGUAUAUUCCUGUUAAUUCCCAUGGAAAGUUUCCAACUUUGAAAAUUCCCAGAAUUUUGCAACCCUAGGUGUGUCACACUCAACUCAUUUAAAAAAAAAAAAAAAAAAAAACUGACAUUCUCUGUAAAACUCACUUGCUCAAGUCAUCACAGCUGAAUGGUGGACCAAAUAAGAAUCUUUGAAUGGUUCGGGGAACAUUGCAUUGGGCUAUAAUGGUUGGUUUUGUGCAUAUUUAAAUCUCGUGAUUUAAAAAUAAAACAAUUGCAUUUAGGUCAGAUUUGGGUCAGAGGUAAGGGUAGAGAUCUUAAUGAUAAUUCCAUAUGGUGCACUUUUGUGCAUUGUAUUGUGUCACCUGCCUUAAGAACCUCCAUUAAAAAAUAUAUACAAAUCAGAAGCAACUAAUGUAUGUUACUGUAUAUAUCUGCAUUUGGUGCUGAUUCAAUAUGAUGCAUUGGUAGUAUUAUACAUUUCUUCAAAAAGCAAAGCUUUCAUACUGUGAUCUCUGCAGCAAGUUUUCAAAUGGAAUAAAAUGCAUGUACACUAUGCAACAUUGUGACCACAUACUUAAUAUCUGCCAAAUACUAAACAUAACCAUAAUAUGCUGUUGAUCUUCUCCAUGCUCAUAAAACUACUUCAAACUGGACGUAGUGGGUAGCGAUGCUCUAGAAAUUCAGAAUGGUUAUGUGUGAAUAAAUUGCUUAACCAUUUUUAGGUUGGGGGCACAGGUCAACCUGACAUCCAGACAAAUCCCUGGCCCAGGGUUUCCAGGGAAUCGUUUCCUUGACCAUUACACUAACUCUAACAGCU